AUGGUGACAUCCUGCGAAGACGAAGAAGACGAAGGUCAGGAACUCGCCAGUGUAUCGGAUAUUGAGGCCCUUGGGAAUCAGCCCGUACGUCUAGCUAUCGGUACUAUUGACGAACGAGUCGCUUUGAGUUCCGCAGACUUGGCCUUGCAGAACGGCGCGAUUUUACCGAGCGGUAUAUCUCGCGACUCAAACCUCAACCUUGACGGCCUACCCAACUCUCGGCAUUCCAGCUUAUCUCAACCCGACUGUCUCAUAAACAACCCCCCCAAUAUCUCCAGGAUACGACGAGUGAUGUUUGAAUGCAAGGACCCCAUAGAGAUAAGUCUCGUGGAGUUUGAGACCUACUGGCCAUUCAUUGAUAACGUGUGGGUUAAACAAAGGUCAAACUCCAGCAAAGAGGGGCAUUGCACUACGGACUAUUAUAUGUGUCGGUUGCGGCGUCCCACUCAUCGUACAUCGGAAACUCGGCCUUUACCAGAAGGCAAACGCCCUCGAAAGAAGAGAGUGCGAGAGGGCGGCAUUUGCAACUUUCAGAUCAAAGUUGUCAAAUUUGAAGGGGCUUAUUCGACUGUAACUAUCGCGAGGACUCCAGGAAGCAGCCGUGUGCAUUCGCACGACCUUGACUAUAUCGACAAGGUGAAGCGGAACUCGGGGCUCAUGGAAUUUGCACGCAGAGAAGCAGUCAAGGGGUACUUACCAUCUUCCAUUUACACCAAAUUCCAAGAAGAGCCCGCAAAGCUUGAGGAGGCUGGCGGCAAGUUCUUCACAGUAACAGACGUCCGCAAUGUUUCAGCAAAGUGGCGAAUACAGAACCCUGAGGUCAAACUCGUACCGCAUGAUGGCUAUGAAUACCAAAAAGGCCAUGGCAUCGUGAGAAAACGUGGGAGUGGGAGCGACAGCGAUAGCCUGGUGUUGUCGGACGCUAUCCUGAAGUCAUCGCUACCACCUGACACUCUAUCAUUUCCCCAGUUCCCCCUGGAUUUUCUCGAGCCUUAUCUCCCGAAACACGAUGAGCGACGCCAUCUCCCUCACGUUACUUUAUCUUACGCAUCCUCUAUGGAUUCGAAGAUUUCACUACUCCCAGGCAUGCAGACGGUACUCUCGGGCCCAGAGGCCAAGCUCAUGACUCACUAUCUACGAUCCCGUCAUGACGCUAUCUUGAUCGGGGUUGGGACGGUCCUUGCUGAUAACCCUGGCUUGAACUGUAGAUUGGAAGGAGCGGGAGGCUACGGCGGUCUAGGGAGGAUGUGGCAGCCGCGACCUGUGGUGAUUGAUCCCACUGGGCGAUGGUCCAUUCAUCCUGAAUGCCGCAUGCUGAGAACUGCAGUGGAGGGUAAAGGCAAAGCGCCGUGGGUUGUGGUAUCGCCCGGAGCCCGCAUCCAUCCCCAGAAGUUAAUGAUGCUCAAAGGCUACGGGGGCGACUUUCUUCGAAUCAUGGAAUACAAUCAAGAUUGGCGAUUGCGCUGGGAAGCUAUCCUGCGCGCUCUGGCGUCUGAGGGGAUCAAGAGCGUCAUGAUCGAGGGCGGAGGUACCGUCCUUAGUGAGUUGUUAAAUCCCGAGUAUGCCGAUUUCAUUGAUUCAAUCAUCGUCACUGUCGCCCCCACCUAUCUCGGCUCUAGUGGAGUGAGCGUGAGUCCAGACUCAAAACGCGAUAAAGAAGGAAAGCCCAACGCAGCCUUAAAUCCCAAGGAUGUGAGGUGGAUGCCAUUGGGCCAGAAUGUCAUCAUGUGCGGCAGAAUACGCACAGAAAGACCCUUCACUUCCAACAUCGAAUGA